AUUUCAUAAGUGCAUCUGCAGGAGCAAUGAAACUGGUUAUUUCGUGUAUUCUCGCAUUUUGGACUGGAUUUGUUACAGGGACCCGUAGUCUCUUGAAUGACUUCCAGCGCUCCGAGGGGAGGGAGCUGGCCCCCACAGUUUGGAACUCAGCACGAGUCCUCACGUUACCAGGACUCACGCUGGAGGACUGUGCCAAGAGCUGCUCAAAGACUCUGGACUGCAGAGCCUUCAACUAUGAGACCCGUCCCUCCAUCACCUGUAAACAGCUGCCGUGGGUGGAGGACGGGAGCAAUGCCGAGGUCAAAAGAAACGUCAACUGUGACCUUUAUGAAAAGAAGGUCUAUGUAAGGAAAUGCAUCGUGGGUAAAGGGGAAGACUAUCGCGGCAAGGUUUCAACGACAAAAAGCGGGCAUACUUGUCAGCAGUGGUGGUCCAAGUUUCCACACGAUCACAGGUGGAUCCCCUCAUCCACUAACGGCUUGGAGCUGAACUACUGCAGGAAUCCCGACGGGGAUCCCAUAGGGCCAUGGUGCUACACUACCGACCAGGAACGCCGCUACGAGAGCUGCAACAUCCCCCACUGCAAAGAUGAGGUGUGUAUUACCUGUAACGGGGAGGACUACCGAGGCCAGGUGGACCACACUGAGAACGGCAUGGAGUGCCAGAGGUGGGACCAGCAGUUCCCCCACCAGCACAUCUACCAGCCAGAGAAGUAUCCAGAUAAGAGCCUGGACGACAACUACUGUCGUAAUCCUGAUGCGUCUCCAGUCCCUUGGUGUUACACCAUCGACCCUCUGGUGGAGAGGGAGAGCUGUGAGAUCAGCAAGUGUUCCGUGGUUCCAAAAAGACGCGUUCGCUUCAGCUUCACCACCAACUGCUUCCGUGGCCGCGGAGAGGACUACCGUGGCAAAGUGAACGAGACCACGUCCAGUAUCCCCUGCCAACGCUGGGACGCCCAGCAGCCUCACGAGCACCCGUUCUACCCCAACACCUACGAAUGCAAAGGUUUGGAAGAGAACUACUGUCGCAACCCAGACGGGUCGGAGGCCCCCUGGUGCUUCACCUCCGUGCCUCAGAUGAGGACCGCGCUCUGCCUGCAGAUCAAACGCUGCGCAGAUGACAUCGAAGCUGAGGAUUGCUACCACGAGAAUGGUAAAAACUACAGAGGCGUGGUACGCAAAACCCGUAAGGGCAUCUUCUGCCAGAAAUGGAGCGUGAACACCCCUCACAAAACCAAGAUCAACCCAGAGACACACCCUCAGGCCAACCUGACAGAGAACUACUGUCGGAAUCCAGAUGGAGAUCAGCAUGGGCCCUGGUGCUAUACGACUGACCCCAAAACAGAGUUUGACUACUGUGCCAUCAAGCAGUGUGCUGGAGAGAAAGUGUCCCUGAUUGAGCCAGCUGAAAAGGUGGAGUUUAGUGAAUGUGGGAAGAGAGACGAUCGUACCCCUAGAAGCUGGUCACGUAUCGUUGGUGGAGUCCCGGGCAACUCUCCCUGGACAGUGAGUCUUAGAGACAGGAAGGGAAACCAUUUUUGUGGAGGGUCCCUGGUGAACUCCAAAUGGGUCAUCAGCACCAAGCAGUGUUUCUCCUCGUGUUAUGUGGACUUGCCAGGAUACUCAGCCAUGAUGGGGACCCUGUUCAAAGACCCUAAAGAGGGCGAGCCAGACCGCCAGACAAUCCCCCUCACCAAGAUUGUCUGUGGACCUUCAGAGUCUCAGCUGGUCAUGCUACAACUGGAAUACCCCGCCCAGUUUAAUGAGCGCGUGUCUCAGAUCUGUCUGCCCCCCGAGCGCUACAUUGUUCCCGAGGGGACUGACUGUGAGAUUGCUGGAUGGGGGGAGACUAAAGGCACUGGAGAUGAAACUGUCCUCAAUGUGGCUCAGAUCCCAGUCAUUAGCAACAAGGAAUGCAACAAAUACUUCCGGGGUCGUGUCCGGGAAAACGAGAUGUGCACAAACCCCUUCCAGGGUGGAGUGGGAGCCUGCGAGAGAGACUAUGGGGGUCCUCUGGCCUGCCAGAACAGUGACUGCUGGGUCCUAGAGGGAGUCAUCAUUCCUAUGCGGCGCUGUGGGCACCCAGGCCAGCCCAACAUCUUCAUCCGGGUCUCCGUCUAUGUGGAUUGGAUCAAGAAGGUCAUGGAGAUGGCCUAGGAAGAGCUACCCCUCCAAUCAGGGACUAGCCCUGCCCCUUCUACCUGCCCUUAGAAUAGUGCAUUGUUUAUUUGUUUUACUGAUGACUGUAAGCAAAAUGAGACACAUAGUGAGUCUGCAGUCUGACCAAUGACAAUGAAUGUAUCUGCGAAAUACUGUGUAAGGGUGAAUCUUAGGAAUAUCCUCCGGAUGUGCUUGUGAAGGGUGUUCAAGUUCAUGUUCCCCCAAAAUCCCCCUUUCACCCCUCACUAAAAAUGUUGACCACCAAACCCUACACCACCACUUCUGUGGUGCACUCAAAUACCUUCUUUGCCCCCCAGCCUCUGAAGAAAUCCCCCUCUGCCUGUCUUUUGAUGCCUGCCCCCACCUCGAAAGACAUGCCAUUGUGCCUUAUGCAGAACUGUAUACGCUGCACAUUCUUUCGGGUUCUAUAGGAGGAUUUUUGUAACUCAGUCCUGAUGAGCCCACGGAAUUCAGCUUAAAUAAACCGAAGAGUUUAGAGAUCAGAGUCCAACGGAAUCUCAGACACACCAGUCUGUAGAAGGGCAGUGGACUGACUGGCAGUGGUCUCACUCUCUCUCUCUCUCUCUCUCUCUCUCUCUCUCUCUCUCUCUCUCCCUCUCUCUCUCUCCCUCCUGCCCUCUCUCUGUGUCUAUCUCACUCACACUCUCUCCCUCUUCCUAUAUCUCUCUAUCUCCAUCUCUUUUGUGCACCCACACACAAACUGACAAGCAUAUGGCAACACAGAAUCACAUGAUCAUUCAGAAGCAUCUAUUGAUUCUCUGACAAAAUGUACGUGCAUUGGUAGAAAAGUGAAGGAUAUGAUUACACAGUUUAGAUGGCGGUUUGGCAGUUCAGAGUUUACCGUCAUGCUGUGCACUUUUUUGAAAUGAUUUUCCUGAUAGAUGACUAAUCAAAUACAGGUAUGACUGGUGUACUACUUUAGUUCUGAAAAACAUGACCAAAAUUGUAAAUGGAUGAGUAGGUUCAUGUCACAACAGGAGGAUUCUUGAUAUCUUCACUGAUAAAUCAUAAAGCUGUACAUGUGUUGUAACUGUAGAAAGAGAGAUCAGAAAAAUU